AUGUCUGGCCGCGGGAAGCAGGGCGGGAAGGCGCGGGCCAAGGCCAAGUCGCGCUCGUCGCGGGCCGGGCUGCAGUUCCCCGUGGGCCGCGUGCACCGGCUGCUGCGCAAGGGCAACUACGCGGAGCGGGUGGGCGCCGGCGCCCCGGUGUACCUGGCGGCCGUGCUGGAGUACCUGACGGCCGAGAUCCUGGAGCUGGCGGGCAACGCGGCCCGCGACAACAAGAAGACGCGCAUCAUCCCCCGCCACCUGCAGCUGGCCAUCCGCAACGACGAGGAGCUCAACAAGCUGCUGGGCAAGGUGACCAUCGCGCAGGGCGGAGUGCUGCCCAACAUCCAGGCCGUGCUGCUGCCCAAGAAGACCGACAGCCACAAGGCUAAAGCUAAGUGAACACAUCUAAGACUAAUCAGGAAACAAAUCAGACAAAAAAAGGCUCUUUUCAGAGCCACCCACAAUGGUCAUAAAGAGUUGAGUUGCUGUUUGUGGUUUCGGUUCUAGGGAAUGCAGGCAGAAACAUGUAAGCCUUUUUUUUUUUUUUGUGCUUGCCUUGAUUAUGUUCUCCCUUCCUGCCUAAGUCUUUUGUAGGGAAGAUGUUGUUUUAUUAAUACUGAAUGUUACUUUUUAAAAAAAUUGCGCUGAUCUACCGAGAUAUUCGAUUUAGUUGCUUGUUGCUUUUUUAGAAUUACUUCCUAUUUUAAUAAAAUACUUUUUUGUUUUGAGAAAGUCUGGGCUUUUUUAAUGUGUCGGCAGGGGCAACUACAGUUUUUGUAUGAUGUUGGAGUAAACAUUGUGCUUCCUAGUAAGUAAACUCUGGCUUUGCUGUAAAUGC